GGAGACGGUGCUGAUGCGUGCAUUUCUGUCCCUGACCUCUCUCACUUCGGUAGCUGCCAUGGCUCUCAUUGAUCUCAACCCCACGAUGGGCGCCGUGUUUGUUGGUCUCCUGUUGGGCGCGGUGUUUCAUGGAAUAACGACAUUGCAGACGAUCUUCUAUUAUACGACCUAUCCAAACGACAAGGUUAUACUCAAACUCCUGCCGAUAACCCGACGAAUCAUGAUCUUUCGGUACAGGUUUCUCGACUCGCUCUCGUUGGCGAUGGUUGCAUACGGCCUGUACAAAUACUUGAUCACGGAUUUCCUGGAUCCACUUGCGCUUAUGUACAUGGAAUGCCUCAAGGCCGAGCCCAUCGUCUCUGGUAUCAUAGCCUUCAUCGUUCACGAGUUUCUGAUCUACCGCAUAUGGAUGCUGAACAGGCGCUUGGUCAUCUAUGCAGUCUUUCUCGCGGCGUUCUCGCUGUUACCUCUUUCGCUGGCUUUCCGUGGGGCGGGUUCUCCAGUAACAACUUAUACAAGCCUCCAACAGUGGGUCGCGAUCACCGCGGACACCACAACAUCAGCCCUUGACCUUAUAAUCGCCUGCACGAUUUGCUUGCAACUAUUCAGGAGUCGUACUGGCUUCGCUCGCAGAGAUGCUGAAUGCUGUUCUUCCAGGACCGAUAAGAUCAUUCAGAGGCUGACCCGCAUAUUCGCAUUGACAUGUUGGAUUGACAGUACAUUUCCAGCAUCGUUGAACAGCCGACAGUCCGUGAGUAAAACUGCAACAAAUUCUAGCGACGGAUUGUCGCAUACGGCUCCUAUCGAGUUCAAAGUGGGCAGGCCAACGUUACCGACUGUUGAAUCAGGCGGGUCCUUGAUCGAUGACCAAGCAGAGGAAAUGGACUUCGCAUCUACGAAGGAUGCCGGGCCUGACGCCCGCGCAUAUGGUAUAUCUACGCAAAUCAUUCCGUAGACGUUCCGCCAAACAGGAUCAUCAUCACGACAGUAUCAUGAGGUAGCGAUCGAUAACUUGUUCUCAAGUACUAAGUGCUAG